AUGCCGGCCGCAGGUGCUGCAGGCGGUCCAGAGGCGCUGUCGCGCCUGCGAGAGGCCUGGCCGGCCCCAGAGGUGAUGGCCCCGGUGGAGGAGUUCGCGCGCCAGAAGGGUGACCCGUCGCUGCUGCGCGACGUGGAGCAGCGGCUGUUGCCGCUUGCGCAGGUGCCGCGCGUGCGGGAGCGCCUGAGAUUAAUGGAGCUGCGUGGGACGCUUCGCGAGAGUGUGACCGACGCCGUCGUCGAGCUCACCAAGCUUCAGCGCGCUUGUGCCGAGCUGCAGUCAUCGAGAAUAUUCGGAGACAUAAUCGCGAUCGUCGUCGUGCUCUUCAACUACAUCAACUUUGGCGUCGACUCCCACGAUCCUCAAGCAGCAUCGCAUAGCAUGCGCGGCGUGGACGUGCAGAGCCUGCUGCGGCUGCGUGAGACGAAGGCGUACAGGGGGGAGUUCCCCGGUUUCAACAUGCUGCACUUCGUCCUCCAGCAGCUGCUGCGGCGGAGGCCCGACCUGCGCCCGCACCAGCUGUCCCAGGAGCUGUCGCUGCUGCGCGCGGCCUCGCGCGUCAGCGCGGAGCGCCUCGCGGGCGAGCUGGGUGAGCUCCGUGAGGGGCUCCGCUUCGCGGAGGCGGAGCUGCUCGCGCACGCGGAGGAGUACGCCGCCCCGGAGGGCGGGGACGACGCGUGCGACUCCUCGGAGGCGGAGGAGGGCGGCGGCGGUCCCGGAGAGCCCGGCGAGCUGUGCGAGCAGCCGCCGCAGCCGACGCGCGCGCAAGGGCUGCUGGAGCGGCUGCUGGGCCGGGGCCUGGAGGUGGCGAAGCUCGCGGAGGCCUGGAUGCGCGGCGACGAGGUCGUGGGGAGGCCGUACCACCCCGAGGUCUGCGGCGCGGACGGCUUCGAGCCCGUCCGGGCCGAGGACGGUCUGCCGCCGCCGCCGGGCUGGCUGUGGCUGCUGCGGCCCUCGGGGCUCUGGCAACGCGGGUGGUGCGAGAUACGGGCUUCGGUGCUGGUCGUCUACCGCGUGGAGGGCGAGAAGUGCUUAGGCGCGAUGUACGUGCCACUGCCGGCGGCCGAGAUCAGCGUCGGGGAGGGCGGCGGCGCGGAGGACUUUCUGACGGCCCCGCCGACGCGCCGCGCGGCCUCGAGAUCCGCGGCGGCGGCGGCGGCCAGGCCGUGCGCCUGCGCGGUGGCAGCGCGGCGGAGGAGCGGCGCUGGGCGCAGGUGCUGA